GCCAUCAUUGGCAUCCUCUUGCGUGGGCGGCUCUUUGAUUCCAGUUUCCAUUCCGAAACUGCCUUCCUUUCUCUGUUGACCGGAUACUAUUAUGGAGAGAUAUUAUCCGAAGAAGCCUCGGAUAGCUACGACUUCCCAUGAGCGUGAAGAUAGUGAAUUGAAUUCAUUAGCACCUGGACAUGAUUCUAAUUCUACUCCAUCAACACCAUCAGUGUCACAAUCUCUCUCGGUAAAUCACUCUACUCCUAGCAUUGCAUCUAGAGAAAAUGAGCUUGAUGUGAACUCUUUGAAAGCUGAUCCGGGGUUAAGAGAACAAGUAGCAUUAUUUAAUCCUAAUGUUCAAGAUAUGAUCAGAAGACAUUAUCUUCAAAAAGGUGUUUGUCAACCCAAUCAUGAUUUCCCAUCUAGAGAUAUUGGGGGAGUUCAUCGAAGCUUUAAGCCUUCUUGGUAC